CGCUCCUGACGCUGCUAACGCGCAUGUCCUCAGCACGCUCCACGUGGUUCGUGUAAACCACGCACGCAGACUCUAAGCAGUGCUUCAGAAAUGGCGGCCGAUGGUGGCAGCUCCCCGCUGCAGCUACCCUGCGUCUUUUCACCCAAAUCACGACAGUACUUAGCGUUGUGUGCCCAGGACGGCAGACUUCGCGUUUGGAACACGGACAGUAAAACACUUCACCAAGAAUACGUGCCUUCAGCCCACCUGAGCGCCACCUGUGUGUGCAUAGCCUGGGGACCAUGCCGGACAGUGAAGGAGGGCCCUCAGAGGAAGAAGAGGAAAUCGGAGGCGGUGCAGGUGGAGGAGAAGGCAGAUUUGUUGGCGAUGGGCACGGCGGCGGGCACCGUGCUCAUCUACAGUACAGCGAAGGGAGCGCUGCACUGUACCCUGGAUGGAGGCCACAGUGCAGGAGUAAAUUGUGUCCAGUGGCACCCUGAAGACAGUUUACUGUACAGCGGCUCAGAUGAUACGAACAUUGUAGAGUGGGACCUGCAGACAGGAAAGACGCGGAGUAAGUGGAAGGCGGACCGUGCAUCAGUGACCAGUCUGUGUGUGAGCCCUGAUGGCAAACUGCUGCUUUCAGCUGGGCAGAUCAUCAAGAUGUGGGACUUGGAAACCAAGGAGGUUUACAGGAAGUUCACAGGGCACUCCACGGCCGUGACGACCCUGUGCUUUGCCACCACGAGACCUCCAGACAGCAACGGCCUCUAUUUCCUGUCCGGCGCUGCACACGAUCGACUGCUCAGUGUUUGGCAAGUACGAGAGGACAGAAAGGACAAGAAUUCAGUGGUGUCCUUCACGCUGACGGACGAGCCACAACACGUCGACCUCGUCACGUCCAACAGCAAGGAAGAGGCGGUGAGGCUGGCAGUGGUGUGUAAGGACGGACAGCUGCAUCUCUUUGAGCACUUUUUAAAUGGGCCCUGUAAGAAGCCCAUGUCACCCUCGUGUACAGUGCAGAUGUCGGACACAAAGGAUUCCCCAGUGCCGAUCCCACUGCUGGCUGCUGCCCUCAGAGCUGACACACGGACUGUGCAGCUGGCCUACGGCAACCACCUACAGCCUGUCAUGGAGAAAGUGGAGAUCAACACAGCAGAGCGACAUGUCUGUUUGACCCGGGAUGUUCAGACCAGCUUGUCCCUUUCCAUAGAAACCGCUGUUUCCAAGGUGAAGACCCCAAUCGUCAAUGCCAAGAGCAAAGUGUUGGUCCCAGGGCUUCCUGGUCACCAAGCCCCAAUCAAGGGGAUCUCACAGGGGUCAGAGAAGAGGAAAAAAGACACAGACACCAAAGAGGUGUCGAUAGCAGAGCGACUAGGAGAAAUCGAUCUGUCUUCAGUCUCCGCUGAGAAGGGGGCACCUAAAGGAACAGCGUCUUUACAGACAGACAAUUUUGCAGUGCUGCUGGUGCAGGGCCUGGAGAGCAGAGACGCCAACAUCCUAAAUAAAGUUUUUCAGACUCGCAAAGACAUGGUGAUAAAGAAGACAGUCGCUCGGUUACCCCUCCCUGCUGUUUUACCUUUGGUGCAAGAGCUCACAAACCGACUCCAAGGGCACCCUUUUACGGCAGUUUUAAUGGUACGGUGGCUGAAGGCUGUACUCAUGCACCACACAUCAUACCUGGCAUCGCUUCCAGACUUGGUUACCCAGUUGGGCGUGCUGUAUCACAUGAUUGAGAGCAGAGUGAAGAUAUUCCACAAACUAACAAAGCUGCACGGGAAGCUGUAUCUGCUAAUGACACAAGUGGCGACAAAUGACAGCACGAACACAGUUACAGAUGUUGACCACACGGCCAAGCUGGUGUAUGAGGAGGAAUCAUCCGAUGAAGAUGAGGCCUCUGGUGACGAAGGACUUCCUGAUAAUGACUCAGAUAACUGGGAAGAGGAGGCGAUGGAAGACGACAAGGAGGAACAAGCGGACGAGGAGGACGACGAUCCUGACAGCAAAACAGAUUCCAAAGCUAACGGGGAGGAAGACAUGGAGCACGGAAACGAGAGCGAGGAGGAAUGAGAGCGAACGAGGAGGAAUACCAAUCAUACAUAAAAAUGGACCUGAAAGAGUUAUAUAUACUUUCAUUUUAUUUUCAUGCUUUUGAUUUUAUUAUCAGAACAAAGUAUGGUUUUACAAAGUCUAGGGACACACAAUGAAACGUGGGCAGCUCAGCCCCACUGCCUCACCACAACAGUCCAGCCACCAGGGUAGUGAUGUCUUGUCUUUCCCUGUCUGAGGAACAGAUGCAACAUUUUGGGGAGAAAGGCAAACCAGUCUGAAAAUUCAAUUAAUGGAACUGAGUUCCCCUUUCUGCUGUCAGUUCAGUCUGCAUCCCAGUUCUAUAACCUGAUGAGUUUGCAUUGAAAAUGACUGAAUGAUAAUGCGGUGCCAUUUCAGUUUGCCCGCACUGCAGGCUGCAUUCUAAAUAUUCUGCCACUAUGUAAUAAAUAGUACUAGAGUAUGUUGUGUGACCAGGUUACCAGUGGACGAGACGGCAGUCUGUCUGUGCCAUCUGGAACACGUCUUAUCAGCAGAGCCCCCCUCCCACGUGCAAACACAGUGCAGGUGCGGAGUUGGGAUGCACCGGCUGUUUGUUGUACAGAAUUCUGCUCAGCCCAGAGGUGGACUGACCAAGCCAAGACCAUACAUCAUGUCCCCACGCAAUGUAAAUCUGUAUGUACAGUGAAGUGUCUGUAUGAGCCCUUUCCUCUACAGCUAUCCCCCAGAAAUCCUUGGGAUUAAAUGAACUCCUGUAAAGUCUCCCGAAUGCUGUUUUUUUUUUUUUUUUUUUUUUUUUUUUUAAUUUGUUGCAGCCUUCUUGUUUUAACUCUUUUCAUUCUUGUUUGUGCGUUUAGUUUAUGGACACACCCUGAUGUCUGCUGCCUUAAACCCAUAGUCACAGGGGCACAGAGAAAAAGAAAAUGUGAACUUUGAUCAAAUAGGUGAAUAAAUGGGUUUCCAAAAUG